AUGAGGGGACGUGCCUUUGGGACCGGCACCUCCCAUCCCUCUGUCCCUCCUCGCCGCCCAGCACCUCCACCAUCUGCACCAUCGCCACUACCCCAAUCACCAAUAUCUUCAACACCUCCAGCUGGUUCAGGUAAAACUCCUGUCCCAACCUAUCUGCGUGCAGCCCUGCACCGUGAAGUCGCAUCUCAUGCUGCCGCACAAAGACCGCAAGCAAUCUUCGAAACACUCUGGCGGUAUGUGGACAGGUUCCAGCCCGAACUGAUGGAUUUGGAUGCAUGCUUGCACUCUUUAGUGAAGUGCAAUACGGAGUCUUGGAGCUGGCAGAAGUUUGCGAGAAAGGCAAGAGGCAAGGUGGUCAUACGCACUGAAGACCUGGUGCGCUUACUUUCUCAUUUGGAGCGGGAACUACUCCAUGAACAUGGGAAUGGCAGCGACAUCACGCGGUCUCUUGCAACCUCCGCUUGGGCGCUUGCAAGCCUCUCACGCUGGCAGCCCGCAGUGAGUCGAGAGGCUUUGCAACAGAUGCGGCCCAUCUUCACACUUAUCGAGGACCUGGCUAAGCCAUUGUUCCCUAGCUUCGCGCUCAACAAUCUGUCGAUGCUGGCUUGGGGAUUUGCCCGAUCUGGCCUGGGGACCAAAGAGCUAUUCGAUAGCUUCGGCCAUGCAGCUCUGGUUCGGCAGCAUCAGCUGAGCGCGCGGGACUUGGCCAAUUUGACCUGGUCCUUCGCAGCAGCGAAGCUGUCGCACGAGCUUCUGAAGCAAGUUCCAGCAUUGGUCCUGGAGGACUCGCGUGGUGUGGCAGCCUUCGAAGAGCAGGACUUGUCCACACUAGCCUGGGGCCUGGCAACCCUGCGCCUUCGUGAAGAAGAGCUCCUGCAAGCUUUGGGCGAGGAGGCGAGAGUUAAACUUGCCAGCUUCACCGUCCCCGGCCUGAUCUGUACAACUUGGGCCUUCGCCAGUCUGCGAGUCAAAGCACCUUUCGUGCGCGAGGCUCUGGACCAGUUGCGUCAUUCGGGCAGGUUGGAGCCCCGGGGGUGCUCGAUGAUGCUUUGGUCUUUGGCUUCGCUCCGGCAUGAUGAUCGCAGUGAGCUGUUCUACUACAGCAUGGCCGACAUGGUCAUUUUGCCUCGUGCACGGGACUUUGAGGCACAGGACGUUUCCAACUGCCUCUGGGCUUUCGCCACCGCCCGCGUCCAGCAUGAGGCUGUGUUCCAGGCGUUGGUUUCCCAGGCCAUGCAGAGCAUCCACAGAUUCACGUCGCAGGCCUUGGCGAACACGACCUGGGCUUCCGCCAAGAUGCAUGCUCGGGAGGCCAAAGCCAUGGUUGCGGUUGCAGCCGAUGAGGCUCUUCGUCGUCCCCAACGAACGUGGUCGUCACAGGGCUUGGUGACGUUGUGCUGGGCGUCCGCAGAGGUUCAGGUAGCACCUGUGCGGCUGCUGACCUCCGUCACAGAGGAGUUGCACAGCAGGCCCAACGCAUUCAACGAUGUUGACCUGGCCACGCUGGUCUUCACUCUGAAGGAGGAACUCUGGCAGGAACACCAGCACAUCAGGCAGGCCUGCCUCCUCCGAAUUCGAGCAGAGACCGCCAGGAGGCAUUUGCCGGCCACUUCUGCAAUGUUGAGGGCGCCCCCGCAUGGAAGGUCGGUGCCGAGCAUGCCCGACCCAGCGAAAAAGUCUUUGACACGCGUGUGGCGCAUUGCUUGCAUCUCCCUGGCGAAUCGGGUGGCCUCCUGCAUCAAGGACUUGGUCGCAGUUCCUAUGCGGUAA